CCCCGCGCCUCGUCUUUACGGUCGCCGCUCUUCUGCUUGCGACUCCGACGCCCACCCCGGUCCUGCUCGUCGCGCGAGCUAAAUAUCCGACUUCAGAACGAAAUAUCUGAUUACAUUCUUCAGCGUCCGUACGACGCCUGUCAGCCACAGCUUCCUCGACGGUCUCUCCUGUCCGCCACUACCUCCUCACAGCUUGACGCUCGGUCGUGUCCAGCGCCAGCUGUGAAGGUUCCAUCGAAGCCGCCUGGCAAUGCACCCAUCAGCCGGGCCCCAUCAUCAGGGUAGGCGGCACGGGGAACAUCACUAUCCAUAUCACCAUCAGGUCCCUCAGAUCCCGCCCCAGACGCACUCGCCGGUGCAGUACAACCCAUAUGCCCAGUACCCGGUCCCUCCCCAACACUAUGGCGCUCCGCAUAUGGCCCCCUAUGCGCAUCAGCAGCUCCCGCCACAAUGGCAGAACCCAUACAUGCAUCCGCACCCACAGCAGGCGCCGUAUCCGCAGCCCAUUCCCCCGCAAUAUGUGAUGCCGCCUCGCCCUUUCCACCCUCAGGCCGGUGGUUCCCCCGUCGUUGUCUCCUCUCAUCCUUAUGUGGCACCGGCGACUCCUGUCAAUCGCACCCUCGAUCCCACGCCGCCUGUAGUAUACUCGCAGACACCGCCUGUCCCGAUAACUCCUGUUCCGACGGCCUCUGCUCCGCCCCUUCCUACCCCCCAACCAGUUCCUUCAACUCCCGCCGAGACUCCCCGCGCUCUCAAUACCCCGACUACUGGCAUGGCCACACCUACUCCGCCGCCAAUCUCGCCGCCGCGUCAGACCGAACCGGCAAAGUCAGAACGCAAAGGCACAUUCUACCCUCCCCUUCCGUGGUGUUCGUUUGAUGGGCCUUUCCCACCAAGAGCUUCUCGCAAAAAGGGCAAAGGCCGUUCUACGUCUUUAAGACAAUACAAUGUGUAUCCAAGCCUUGAACAAGUAGGAAAGGAACAAAAUACUGUUAGUGCAGAUCAGUCUGCCGAGAAAACCGAGAAAGACACUCCUUUGGAGGUGAAUGUGAAUGAGGAGGCCGCUCAAACCCCUGUCACGCCCGCUACCGAAGUCAUCGAACAAACUACUACCCAGUCCCCCCAGCUGUCUACUCCCACUCGGCCCGCCGCCUCUGCUCCCGCUAUUGCGCCUCCCUCCUCAAAACCAGCUCCUUCGUCACAUACUCGUACGGCAACGAUACCUGCGGUUCCCAUGAUACCACUCAAGUCCGCGCGAGCGGCAAGCGUCGUCUCUACCACACAGAAGUCAACGAAGUCCACGUCGGAGAAAACGGAGGCAAAGAAACCGGAUACUCAGUCGUCGACUGGGGAGGCUGAGACGACCGUCGAAGAAACCCCAAAAGCCUCUCCCCCUGCGAAAAGCGCGCCCAAAUCCUGGGCAGAGCUUCUACGAGCGAAAGCUGCACCUGCAGCGCCGCACUCACCUAUUUCCGCGGAUGGCAUAGUGACUACCAACGGCCAUAGUGCGCCCAAGAGCAACUCACUGGCCGAUGUGCUUGCUACAUUUUCUGUCCAUGCGGAAAAGAAGGUUGCAUUUCUUCAGCCUCGUGGUCUUGUAAAUUCUGGCAACUUAUGUUAUAUGAAUUCGAUUCUUCAAGUACUCCUGUUUUGCGUCCCCUUUUACGAUUUCUUAGAUCAAGUCGCGAAACGCGCAGCUCAUAGUUUCAAAAGCGAGACGCCCCUUAUAGAUGCGAUGAUUAUGUUUAUGCGCGAUUUCAAGGUCAUUGACUCAGCCGAAUCACCCGAAAAGCUUCGCCUUCGCCUGAAGGACGCCGAACUCGAGCAGUAUGGUGAUCCACUGGCACCGGAAUAUGUAUAUGAUGUAAUAAGGCGUCUACCUCGCUUCGAGAACAUGAAGCGCGGUCAACAGGAAGAUGCAGAGGAGUUCCUUGGUUUUCUCUUGGCUGGACUUCAUGAUGAAUGUGCACACGUAAUCAAGAGCGGAAGAAGGGAUUCCAUUACUGCCGACGGGGUUACUUCGCCCAAGAGCGAACGCUCCGGCUCUAUGGACAACGGAUGGCUUGAAGUUGGGCCAAAGCAGAAGGCUUCCAUUACACAAUCCUCCGGCGCAAUCGAAGUUGAGAGUCCCAUAACAAAGAUCUUUGGCGGGAAGCUGCGUUCGGAGUACAAGAGGCCGGGGGAAAAGCCAUCCGUGACUCUGGAGCCGUACCAGCCCCUUCAGCUGGACAUUGGCUCACCUGAGGUCCAUAAUAUUUCGGACGCGCUUCGAGGCCUGACCCAUCUGGAAACGCUUGACGGCGCUACUCGAGGAGCCAAGGCCUCUACCAAACAAGUCUUCAUCGAUACUUUGCCUCCGGUUCUUAUUCUGCAUCUCAAGCGCUUCCACUAUGAUGCCAACGGGCCCCAUAAGAUUUGGAAGAAGAUCGGCUAUCCCUUGGAGCUGGAGAUCCCCAGGGAGGUGUUUCCUCCACAUAUGAGGGGCAGCUUUGCAGCACGUGGAGGAAUGCCGCGAUACAAGCUUGCUGCUGUAGUGUAUCAUCAUGGCAAGAAUGCCAGCGGCGGCCACUACACGGUUGAUCUCCGUCGGCAAGACGGGCGCGAGUGGAUUCGAAUGGACGAUACCGUCAUCCGACGCAUUCGCUCAGAAGAUGUGGCAGAAGGCGGAGCGGAGGAAGACCCGAAGAUUCUCGCUGCAGCCCUGGAGCAACAUAAGAAUGACAAGGGCAGUGGCCGAAACACCAACAUGUAUGUCCUUGACGACCAGGAUGACAUGAAGGACGAAGGCGGCUGGAGCAAGGUGAAUGGCAGCGACAAGAAGGACCCCUCGAAGAAGUGGAGUGGGGUGGUCAACGGCAGCACGACGCCGAGCUCAACCGGCAAGCGUACCCCGCUUUCGAAGGAGAACGUCAAGGACAAUAAAGUCGCCUACAUUCUGUUCUACCAGAAGAUUGAGGUGUAACUUGCCGGAUUGAUUUUGGAGAAGGUGAACGAUGGCUUGGGGGAUAGACAUCGAAUGCAAGCGUUCCCUCGCGGGCAUGAAGAGAAGGGAUACGUUAGAAGGGAGGAACAUGUAGGGACCAUUCCUCGUCGAUGUGUGUCAGGAAAUAAAAAAGUCAAAAAGG